CCCCCCCCCCCCCCCCCCCCCCCACCCCCCCCUCCCCCCCCCCCCCCCCCCCCCACCCCCCCCCCCCCCCCCCCCCCCCCCCCCCCCCCCCCCCCCCCCCCCCCCCCCCCACCCCCCCCCCCCCCCCCCCCCCCCCCCCCCCCCCCCCCCCCCCCCCCCCCCCCCCCCCCCCCCCCCCCCCCCCCCCCCCCCCCCCCCCCCCCCCCCCCCCCCCCCCCCCCACCCCCCCCCCCCCCCCCCCCCCCCCCCCCCCCCCCCCCCCCCCCCCCCCCCCCCCCCCCCCCCCCCCCCCCCCCCCCCCCCCCCCCCCCACCCCCCCCCCCCCCCCCCCCCCCCCCCCCCCCCCCCCCCCCCCCCCCCCCCCCCCCCCCCCCCCCCCCCCCCCCCCCCCCCCCCCCCCCCCCCCCCCCCCCCCCCCCCCCCCCCCCCCCCCCCCCCCCCCCCCCCCCCCCCCCACCCCCCCCCCCCCCCCCCCCCCCCCCCCCCCCCCCCCCCCCCCCCCCCCCCCCCCCCCCCCCCCCCCCCCCCCCCCCCCCCCCCCCCCCCCCCCCCCCCCCCCCCCCCCCCCCCCCCCCCCCCCCCCCCCCCCCCCCCCCCCCCCCCCCCCUCCCCCCCCCCCCCCCCCCCCCCCCCCCCCCCCCCCCCCCCCCCCCCCCCCCCCCCCCCCACCCCCCCCAGCUCCCCCCCCCCCCCCCUCCCCCCCCCCCCCCCCCCCCCCCCCCCCCCCCCCCGCCCCCCCCCCCCCCCCCCCCCCCCCCCCCCCCCCCCCCCCCCCCCCCCCCCCCCCCCCCCCCCCCCCCCCCCCCCCCCCCCCCCCCCCCCCCCCCCCCCCCCCCCCCCCCCCCCCCCCCCCCCCCCCCCCCCCCCCCCCCCCCCCCCCCCCCGCCCCCCCCCCCCCCCCCCCCCCCCCCCCCCCCCCCCCCCCCCCCCCCCCCCCCCCCCCCCCCCCCCCCCCCCCCCCCCCCCCCCCCCCCCCCCCCCCCCCCCCCCCCCCCCCCCCCCCCCCCCCCCCCCCACCCCCCCCCCCCCCCCCCCCCCCCCCCCCCCCCCCCCCCCCCCCCCCCCCCCCCCCCCCCCCCCCCCCCCCCCCCCCCCCCCCCCCCCCCCCAGCCAGUGGUUGAAGUUGUACCGGAGAACCUGAACGCAAGAACCGCCUGGACUACAGAGCGAGACAGGAGAAACGACUGGAAUGUACAGCUACAGUGGACUCAGAUGCUGAUAGUAUCAAUGGACGCAGCAAUGUUCAAAAAAGCGUACCACUUCGCAAAACCAGAGGAUAUAAUCACAACGGAGUACAAAGUAAUAAAACAGAAACUUUGUAACCAUUACUCACCAAAACCAACUAAAUUCGCUCAACGAUACGCCUUCACCCGAAUCUUUCAAGUGAAAGGAGAGCGUGUGGCAGAAUACGUCGAAAGACUAACCGAAACUGCCAUGGACUGUGAAUUUGAGAACGAGUUGGAAUCGAGAAUGCUGGACCAAUUCAUAGCUGGACUGAGUGAUGAAAGCGUGAAAGCGAAACUCCUGAAGAAAACAGAUUUAACAUUAGCAACAGCGAGAGAGCAUGUAGCAACUUUAGAGAAAUCUGUGGAAGAAGCUCAAUAUAUGUCGAAAAAUAGUGUUACUGUCAGAAACAGUGGAACUUCUGGAACGAAAAACUGUUAG